CACGUCGAGAGCUAAAUAAUCUGGACGCCCCCGCCCCGCUAGAAGAACGUGAGAGUGAUAUCAUUUGCAAAAACGUCCCCACCCCAGAGUCAAGAUGGGGAUUUUGCAACACAAACCUGAAAGUUUUGGGAGCCACGCAUGACAAGUUGCAGGCUGUAGUGUAAUGCAGUUUAGCAAGGGAAGCCGCAUAACAAAUCCAUCUCCUUAUCCUGUUGACAGCAUUACAACUUCCAAAACACGAUGGGGAAUGCCUCUCAUGGGGAUGCGCAUUACAAAUGCUCUUGUGCUUGCAGAUCUGCAUGACAACUACCAGCCAUGCCCCGGCUGACGCCGGGGCGCUAGGCUGUUGUGGCGGGGCAGGACUAUUUGCGGAUCGGGACGCCGCGCCAGGGCUUUGGACGCAGCGCGACAGCCCCCCCCCCCAAGGAACAUACUGUCGCCGUUUUGCGCCAUGCAAACCCGCAGGGUCUCCUGCGCGCUUCCCGCGCCUUCAGGCGCUAUGCGCAGGGAGCAGCUGCAGCGAAGCUUGGGGGCAAAGAGAAGCCGCCUCGCCGUAAGUGCCGAAGCACAAGGGGGACCACGCUGCCCUGUGUUGAUCACGCUCCCGCCCCCGCCCAAUGGCUUCCCGGCCGACGGAACUGCUGGCGCAAGAGGGUAUCGCGAGAGGGUGGCGCGAGAGGGUGCGCGAGAGGGUGGCGCGAGAGGGUGGCGCGAGAGGGUGCGCGAGAGGGUGCGCGAGAGGGUGGCGCGAAAGGGUGGCGCGAGAGGGUGCGGGCCCAAGCGACGCAAAAAUCCCCAGAAGAUCGGCCCUGUACCGGGCGGAUUCGGGUUGUUUGUACCCUCUCGCAGACCCUCUUUUUUACCUCUCCCGAGAGGUGUUGCUAAUAGUCCGGCUAUACUCGCCGGUAGAGGUCUACAGAGGUGGCCGAGAGGUGGCCAAGAGGGUGCGCGAGAGGUUCGCCCUUAUUCGCGCAACCUCUCGGCACCUCUGUCCCCCUCUCGCUUACCCUCUUGGCACCCUCUCGGCCCCCUCUGGUCCCUAUAGGCGCGGCUUUAGGGUGAACGGUUCGGCUCGCUAUACCCGCGCACCCUCUCGGCCACCCUCUCGAAUGACCUCCCGCGCCACCUCUCCACCUCUGUCGACCUCUUUUUGACCUCUGUUGACCUCUUUUUUACCUCUCGGCCACCUCCCUUCGACCCUCUGUAGACCUCUUUUUUCGCAUGAAUAUAAAAGAUAGUAAUAGGCUGGGGACGUUUUUACUCAGGAUAAGUGAGAUGAACCUGGACGACGGCGACACAGAAAGAAUAUGCAUUGCAAAUAUGUCUGGGUCUGGAAGGAUGCGAACUUGUGAUGCAGCAUGUUGCGGAUCGUAGAAAAAUCUGUGUUGCGUGACUUGCGAAAGGUGCCCAUAUUUGGCCAUGCUGAGAGGGCAUUUCUCAUGCAGAACAGGCAUCACCAAGGGGCUGCAGAUCCUGUGAUGCUAGAACCUGCAUUCCAGGAUUGGUGGAGCUUGGAUAAACUGCAUGACAAAUCUCGGGAUCUUCCAGACCCAGACAUAUUUGCAUUUGAUAAAGAACUCCGCUCGACGACCUUCCGCUCGACUGGGAUCCCGCGUACGACCCCCUACCGGACGAAUUGAAGCAGCACGUCCCGAAAGCCACAUUGCACGCUAUGGAGGAGGAGCGCGCAGCAAAGGCCGCGGCAAAAAUGGUGAAGGGCGUGGACUACAACCAAUUCGUGCGGGAUGCUGAGCGGGAGCGGAUCCGCGCCAAACUGGAGCGAAUUGAGCAAAAGCGUCGGCGGAAGCUGCAACAGCGAGGCCGAAAACAAGCCACAAAAAAACACGAACUGUAGGUGAUGUUGUCCGUUGACAAUUUUAUUAGUUUUUGAAUUGACUGUCCUUGUUGAUUACGACACAAUAGAAGUCGUGGCACAGAAAAAGAUUUUACUUCUUCGUCGAUGAGUUGAUCUUGAUCUUUACGACACAAGAGAAGUCACGGUCUAAAAGGAGUUUCUGUCUCGUUGAAUUGCGGCCAAGUGCACGGCUUUCUUUUGGAACAAGCUCUUGACGAAU